GGUUUCCACCUUCCCCCCCGAAGUAGUUUUCUUAAGUCUACGGCGGUUUUGUCCGCGUGGAGGGAGAAACUGAGAAAGAGAGAGAUUUUAGCAGCUCUCUCUUUGUCUGAGAAUUGUCGUGGUUUGCUCUCAUAAAGUCGUCGGAGGAGGUCGGGAUGAGAGAAAGAGACGAGAGUAAAGAAAAAGCUUCUACUUUUCCUUCUUUGCAUACUUGUGCUCCAUUUCUUCUGCUAUAGUUUUUCUUAAGCUCUUCGAUCAAAACUCUCUCUCUCUCUCUCUCUGCCCUUGCCCAUCUAUGAUGAUGGAUAUCGAGAAAUGAUCGCCAUGGAGAAAACAGAAGAUCGUUUAGCCAUUAAUGGGACGCUUGCUCCAUAGCUCUUAAAGCAGAGAAGGAAAGAAAGCUCGUCGGGGUCCUCUCGAUUUGUGGCUCGCUGGCUGGCUGCUAAUAAAGACAACAGCAACCAAACCCAACAACACGAACGCCAUCAGAUUUCUGUUGGGAUGAUGCAACCCACUUCGUCCUUCUCUGGAAACCUCAUCAGCGGUAAGGACACUGGAGCUUAUGACUUGGGUGAAUUGGAUCAAGCUUUAUUUCUGUAUCUCGAAGGACAGGAUCACUCAUCACUACAAGAACAAAGACAGAGCCCAGGGAUCAGACCACCCACUUUGAAUAUUUUCCCUUCUCAGCCAAUGCAUGUAGAGCCAUCUCCUACAAAGGGUAGUGCAGUUUUUGUUUCUCCUACAGCUACAAACACUGGUCCAAAGAGAUCAUCAGAGCCGACCAUGGAGUUAUCCAACCCUAAAAAUGAUAAGGCAUCUGGUCCAGAACCAGCAAAAACUGCCAAGCGUGAAGUAAACCGAAAAGGCCCAACAUCGAGUUCAGAGCAAGAAGGACCGAAAACACCAGACCCUAAGACAUUAAGACGGCUUGCUCAAAAUAGAGAAGCAGCUAGGAAAAGCAGGCUACGGAAGAAGGCCUAUGUUCAGCAACUAGAGUCUAGUAGGAUUAAGCUAACUCAGCUGGAACAGGAGCUCCAAAGAGCUAGAGCUCAAGGCGUAUUAUUUGGUGGAGGAGCCCUCCUAGAAGACCAAGGCACCCCUCUGGGUAUCACCAAUCUGAGUUCAGAUGCUGCAAUGUUCGACAUGGAGUAUGCAAGGUGGCUUGAAGAGCAUCACCGGCUCAUGUGCGACCUCCGAGCAGCGGUGCAAGAACACUUGCCUGAGAACGAGUUGCGCCUCUUCGUGGACAAUUGUCUAGCACACUACAAUCAAAUUAUUAACCUGAAGAGCAUGAUUGUGAAAUCCGACGUCUUUCACAUUGUUUCCGGCCUCUGGAAAACUCCGGCAGAGCGCUGCUUCAUGUGGAUGGGUGGAUUCCGGCCCUCAGAGAUAAUUAAGAUUCUUUUGAAUCACAUGGAGCCAUUGACGGAGCAGCAGAUAUUGGGAAUAUGUGGACUACAGCAGUCGACGCAGGAGGCCGAGGAGGCGCUCUCACAAGGGCUCGAAGCCCUCCACCAGUCACUCUCCGACACCAUUGCUUCUGACGCUCUGAACUGCCCUUCUAACAUGGCUAACUACAUGGGCCAGAUGGCCAUCGCCAUUAACAAGCUCUCCACCCUUGAAGGUUUCGUUAGACAGGCUGAUAAUCUGAGGCAGCAGACCCUUUACCGGCUUCACCAGAUCUUGACGACCCGCCAGGCUGCCAGAUGUUUCUUGGCCAUCGCUGAGUACUUUCACCGGCUACGAGCUCUCAGUUCUCUGUGGCUGGCACGCCCUCGCCUGGAUUAAAUAACAUGCAUGACAUCCUAUCAUCCUUCUUCUUCUUCUUCAUCUUUAUCAGAGACCCCUUUGGACUCUUUCACAUGGAGAUGUAUAGCCAACCAGAUAAACAGAUGGAUUAAAGCAGUGUACUGAGACAUAUACAUUUCAUCUAUGAAAAAAGAGAUCGAUACUCUCCUCUUCUCUCUA